AUGGCGUCAAAAGCAUUCGGAAAUGGCCUCAAGGAGCUGAGGUUCUUGUUUUGCCAGACUAGCGAGCACAGUGCCGCCACAAGGAAUUUCCUCACACGAAGCUACCCCGCCAUGAAGAAGGCCAACCCAUCCAUCCCCAUCAUGAUCCGAGAAGCCAGCGGCACCCAGCCCACCGUAUAUGCGCGAUUCGACUUUGGAAAGGAAAGGAAGUUGUCACUAAAGGGUCUGGACGACAAGUCCAUUGAGCAACAAGUCGCAGACCUCGUACAAAAGGGUGCAUGA